AUGCUGAUUAUUGUACAUUCUCCUCUAUCAGUUGAUUACAUUAUUGAGCUUGUUGGCAACGAAACAAUACAAGACAUCAAGAAUAUUGUAUAUCAGGAUUUUCAAAUCCAAAUGUCAGGAUAUUUUUUAACAUAUAAGACAAAUUACGAUAUUUCACCUAGUAAAACAUUAAAAGAAUUAGGAAUUGACGAAGGUGAUACCCUUAUAAUGGAAUUUACAGAUGAAGCUCUUGAAAAUGAAAAGAAGAGAGAAGAAAAUAGAAAGAAACAAUAUGAAAAAGAGCAUGAAAACUACGGAAAACCACAAAUUCAUGAAGAUAGAAUCAGAUCAAAUUCUUUCAUUAGACAAAAUCAGGUUCCAGACGCAAAGCCUGGAGAUGUUUCAAGUAUUCUUCCUAAAAAUAUAUCCGAAGAAGAAAAAUCCGCAGUUACAGCACUUUUUGCAAGAUUUGGUGCUAUUAAAAUUGUAUACGAUGUAUAUUUGGCCUGUGAGAAAAAUGUUGAGUCAGCGAAGUACAUUUUAUCACAAUACAUUGAUUAG